CGCACGUCCACCAAUCAAACGCAGCGUCGGCGCGCACAAACUGAUUGAUCUACGCAACUUUUGUUGAUCGAGCUUAUAUAAACUCGAGUGUCUUCUCAAAUUUCAGAUCCAUAUCAGAUGAAAUAUUGAUGAGUGGAUGGAUGUCCAAUAGCUGUUUUAUGUACUGUACGAAAUCCGCCACUGCGAUUAAUUGGAUUAAAUGAAUAAAAUCUAAAAUCUAAGUUUUUUAUGAUCUGUUCUGCAAGAGAUGGCUAUAAAUACGGAUGCUCCUCGAGCGACAGGUGUCCUUGGUGUGAGCGGGGCGCUUGAUUCUGAUUUCGGAGACACGGAGAAACUUCUUGACCUCUCGACUAAAGAGCUGAAGGGAGAAUUGAACCACAAGUCUGAUACUUACAGCAUUAAGUCUAAGAAUGAAAACACAGCGCAAAACGACGAUUCAGUAUCCCUCUCUCCAUCACAGGUCGAUUUCAGCCGCACCUCGUCGCCGAAACCCGGCGAGAGCGAGCCGUGGACCUACCUUUGGGUGGCCGUGAUAUCAUGCUUCUGUCCUGCGGUUCCUAUAAACGUGUUUGCGAUUUAUUUUUCGCAUAUGGCACGCGGCAUGAUACGGGCAAAAGAUUAUGAAGGAGGCAGAAAAAUUGGACGUCUGUCUUUGAUGCUUAGCCUCGUUUCCAUUAUUGUGGGUUCGGCCAUUCUCCUCUAUGUGGCGAUGACAGAGAUAUGAUAAGCUGUUGUGCAGUCGUGGAUAUUAUACAGAAGCUGAAACCAAAGCAUAAAUGUCAACAUGUUGCCUACU